UUCUCGGGUUGUUGCGUUGAUAUAUUUGUUAUGUACCAAUUAGACCUGGUGUGUACACCUUUGGUAAACUAAGGGCAUUGGUUUUUUACUGACCUUACGAGCGAUUGUUCUCGCGGGUGUUCUCCUGUUAAGGACACCUGGGAGCAGGAGUUUCAGCGUAAACGUCAGCUGCUUAAAGAGCGUUGUAAGGAGUUGACUGCUACAUUUUGUCCUAAGUCUGGUAGAUCUGCUGGUGUGGAAGACCAUCAAUCAGUGAAUCGUGAUACUAUUCCUAAUUUCGACUCCUUUAGCAUAGGCCUAGGAGUUAGUCGUGACAGUGAGCAUUGUUCUGCUUCGGUUGUUGAUCGUCAAUAUAACAAUUGCCUGUUGUCUUCUCCGGAUCAUCGUUCUUCUGGUGCUAGUUGUCAGGUUAACCAGCACAGUGUCGCCCCUCAAGACGUCGGUGGGUAUACGUCUGCAGCAAGAUUGCCUUGUACUUUGGCUAGUAGCAAUUUACGUCGUGAGGUGACUGCCAACACUCGUCGUUAUUCAAACAAUUCAUUAUCUCGUGUAUUACCAUUGCGUUUAUUACUGCAUUGUCAGGGUGGUCUUGGUACUAGUACUCCAAGUUCUCAGCGUUCAUUGGAAAUCCUAGAUUUACCUCGGGUAAACAAUCGUGAUAAUCAUUGUUCUCGGGCAUUUACUCGGCGAGGUUCUCGUGGUAUUUCCCAGAGGAGUAGUCGCCUGCCCAAUUAUACGGGGCGUGACACUAGGUUGUGUUAUGGUCAUUAUAACCGUCCUGAGGAUCCUAGUUAUCUCGACCGUGGAUCUGGUUUGCGUAAAGGUAUUCGUAGAUAUCAAGACCCUGGGUCUCACAUAGCUGGUGAUACAUACCAUCGUGGUGACAAGCUUUGCAAGUCCAACAUCGCCUACAAUCCUGGUAAAUAUUGUUCAUAUCGAGACUACAAAAUGAGGGAUAAGUCUACACGUCACAAGCAGGCUGAUGCUUCUUUUCCUCCUGAGGAGGCUGGUUUUGCUACUCCUGCUCGUCGUGGUAAUGUAACUCCUGUUAAUUCCCAUGAGGGCCCUCGUGCGUUGACUCCUCAAUCUAAAAUUGACUCUAAUUACAUUGACCGAUUACUUUCUGGUCAGACUGUUAGUCUUGAUGUAUUGAAGGCUGCGGAGUUUGGUUCUUCUGAGUCUUCUCGGUAUAUUAUAUCUAUUUGUCGUGAGGUUUUCAUGGCUGUUAUCGGUGCUCAGUUGGUUUACGUGGUGACCAGUGUCUUGUUUGGCAAUAUAGCUGCGGCUAUAAUCGUAACACUCCUUUGUGUACAGAGUGGCGUAUGCCACUGUGACGGUCGUCCUGUGGCUUAUGUGAUAAAUGGAGUUUUAUCUGUUUUGGUUGCCACUACUAUAACGGUUGCGCUUUGUCGUGAUGUAACUGGUUUGGAGCCAUAUCGUCAGGACCCUGUAUUAAACAUGAUGUCAUAUAUCUACGUACCACUUUGCUUUUGUUUCGGUAUAUUUUCAUUUUUCUUGGCUCACAACAAUUACGACUUACAGAAGCAGGAGCGUCGUGCCAUAGUUCAGGCAGUAAACCGUCUUUUGGGUGACCGUUACCGUAUAAACGAGCACAACCUUUCCGUUGAGCGUUCAUCAUAAUUUAUUUCAGACCCUUAAGGUCGUGCUUUGGGGAUGUAAUUGCCCUAGGGUCGAAACAAUGGCUUAU